CCAUAUCAGCCAUUUGUCUUCUAAAGCACGAUAUCCAUUAAUAAUUUUUCAAGUUUUACAAUAACGUUCACUUCUUUUGCUUCUUCUUUCACAUUAUCUUUCAAAUUAUGGCUCUGAAAGAAAGAAUCGGCGGCGUUAAGAAGACGACGACGACGAAGACGACGGCGAAUGGUAACAGAGGGAUUGGUGAUGGAAAAGAGAUGCAUUAUAGAGGUGUCAGGAAAAGACCCUGGGGAAGAUACGCCGCCGAAAUCAGAGACCCCGGAAAGAAAAGCCGCGUUUGGCUCGGAACCUUCGACACCGCCGAGGAAGCUGCCAGAGCCUACGACGCCGCUGCAAGGGAGUUCCGCGGCGCUAAGGCUAAGACCAAUUUCCCUCACCCUGCCGCCGACGCCGCCGAAGUCGACAGCCCUAGCCGUAGCAGCACCGUCGAUUCCAACGAAGGUCGUGAUGCGUCCGAGCGUGAACCCACGCGCCGCCUUGGUGGUGGUGGUGGUGUUGUCGGUGUUUUUCCUUUUCUUCAACAGCCAGCUGUGUCGGUGCCGACGGCGACGGUGCCCCAGCAUAUGGUUUUUGGAGGUUUGGCUCACGCGCGUCCGGUGUUGUUCUAUGACGCGAUUAGAAGGGGGGAGUUUGUUACUCCGGUUUUUCCGGUUAGGUUCGACGCGAGCCAUGUGGAGUUCGACGGGCGUGUUCGAAGUGGGGCUCAGAUCCAGGCCCUGGCCCAGGCCCAGAGUGAGUCAGACUCGUCUUCCGUGGUUGAUGGUCAACCGAAAAAGUUUCUCGAUCUUGACCUUAACCUGGCUCCUCCGAUGGACGCCUAAUUUUCUAACAUUUUUGUAAUAAUAAUAACCAGCAAAAGCCUUUUUUUAAUUUUUUUUAUAAACAAACUGUGUUUAUUUUGUACUUCGAAGAGGCAGUGUUCCUGUUCCACAGAGAGCGACGAACCUUUCUUGUAAUUGGUUCGUCCUUUAAUGUUAAUGUAAAUGGCUUUAGGAUC